GGAAAAAAAUCCUCUUUCGCACCGACCCUUUUGGUGGGAUUAGGAUCUCUUCCCUCAAUCCCUUCUAUUUCUUCCCCAACCCAAACCUAGGGUUUGCGCCGAUCUCACUCUUCUCCGUUCCGUUAUCCUCGACGGAGGCAAUUUAAACCCUUAUUUUCCUUAUCCCUAAAAAAGGUUCUUCCUUUUUUUUAAUUUUCGUUUCUUUUUCUUCCAUCUUUUUUGUUUUUUAAAUUUUCUUUGAAAGGGGAUUUAGAUAAUGAUGCAACAGCCGGCAGCCGGAGUGGUCCCACAGCCGAUGCAAGGGUUGCCGUCCGAUCAGCAGGGUCAGCAGCAACAGUACCAGCAGGCGCCGCCACCACAGCAGCAGUGGAUGAUGAACCCGCAGCAGCAGCAGCAGCAGACUGCCGCCCAACAGGUACCUCCUCAAGCCGCUUUCGCAGCCAUGUCGUACCCGCCUCAGGCUUUGCAGGGUCAGCAGUACCAGCCUGCACCCGGUACCACCACUGAUGAGAUCCGCUCGCUCUGGAUCGGUGACUUGCUGCCCUGGAUGGAUGAGAACUAUAUUCUGAGUUGCUUCGCCCACACUGGAGAGGCAGUCACGGCAAAAGUUAUUCGGAAUAAGCAAACGGGUAUGCCAGAAGGAUAUGGUUUCAUUGAGUUUGCCUCUCGUGCUGCAGCAGAGAGAGUUUUGCAGACAUAUAAUGGCACGCUGAUGCCAAGUACCGAUCAGAAUUUCCGGCUUAACUGGGCCACACUUGGUGCUGGUGAGAGGCGGCAAGAUGAAGGUCCGGAGUAUACAAUUUUUGUUGGAGAUUUGGCAGCUGAUGUUACUGAUUAUACUUUGCAAGAGACGUUUAGAUCUGUAUACCAUUCAGUGAAGGGGGCAAAAGUUGUUACUGAUAGGACCACUGGGCGCUCUAAGGGAUAUGGGUUUGUUCGGUUUGGUGAUGAAGGUGAACAACUGCGUGCCAUGACUGAAAUGAAUGGUCAGUUUUGCUCUACUAGGGCCAUGCGGAUUGGGCCUGCUGCUACGAAGAAACCUGUUGGUGGUGGUGGUGGUGGUGGUGGUGGUGGUGGUGGACAGCAAUAUCAGAAAGCUACUUACCCAAAUGCUCAAGGAAACCAGGGCGAGAAUGAUCCAAAUAAUACAACAAUAUUUGUUGGGGGUUUGGAUUCAAGUGUCAAUGAUGACAUGCUGAGACAAGUAUUUAGUCAGUUUGGUGAGCUAGUGCAUGUAAAAAUACCUGUAGGCAAACGAUGCGGUUUUGUUCAAUUUGCUAACAGAUCUUGUGCAGAGCAAGCACUAUCAAUGUUGAAUGGAACCCUGUUAGGAGGACAAAGUAUUCGACUUUCAUGGGGCCGUAGCCCUUCAAGCAAACAGAUUCAGCCAGAUCAGGCACAGUGGAAUGGUGGUGGGUUUUAUGGAUAUCCUCAAGGAUAUGAUGCAUAUACAUAUGCACCUCCUGCCCAAGACCCUAACAUUUAUUAUGGAGGCUAUGCUGGAUAUGGAAAUUACCAACAGCCUGGUGCUUACCAACAGCCGCAGCAGUGAUUUGGCCCAAUCAUCAUUUAUAUUGGAGGAUUUUAGUUGCAGUGGGUAUUCCGUAGCAUGUUCUGCGGCUUUCAUGUCAUGUUUUAGUUUUAUUUUCUUCAUCUUGGAUUUUUUUUUUUUUUAUAUAUAUAUUUAUCUUUUAGUCUCGCUGUCCUUAAGUUGCUCGUGGCAUCCUGUGUUUGAAGGUGCUACUGUUCAGAUGGUACAACUUUAAAUGGUUUUUACUUAUGAUCUUAUACUUUGCUACAUACUGUAUUUGACUUUAUAUUGUCUUAGUGGUGAUGUUUUUAUAUGCUA